UCGACACCGAAAUUUGUAUAGCCACAGCUUGACAACACUACUCAGAAUAACAGCUGGGAUCAGCGAAUUCUGUCACGUUAAAGUCGAUUUAUCAGCUGGUCGCAGUGACAUUUGCAUAAAUUUUAUAAAACUCUUCUUUUUUACGUAUACACAUAAUUGAUAAUGGAGACAGUAUUGACUAUUGCAGAUUCUAUAGCAAUUAAACUAUUGCGUGGAGCUAUACUUACUGGCGUUGGCAAUGAAUUACAUCUAUAUUCUUCGAAAACAUGUAACAGAACUGUUCUUGCCCAAAGACUGCGCGCUAAAGUACAUGGCAUUACUGAGGUCUCGUUGGGUAACAUAGAAACAGAGGGUGGAAAAAUAAUUGUUCAUGGAGAGAAAGAAUGUAUGUUAAUGGAGUAUGACUACACAGAUAAUGAGUACACAUUUAGAGAACUUAAUCGUUUUCAACUUUCGGAUUGGAUUAGUUCAGCUGCUUUCUUGCAAGAUUCAAAUGAAUUUAUGCUUCUAACUGCCCAUAGUGUUGUUUUGCGAAUUUUAUAUGAAGAGAGUAAGGAUAGAGGAAAUUCAUGUAGAAUUAUUUCCAUGUGUUCUUCCAGCGAUAAGUCGACCCUUUAUUGCUCUCAUAUACACGGAAGAUCAUUUGAUGAUCUAGUGAUUUUUGCAGGAAAUGCCUUUGGAGAACUUCUGAUAUGGCAGCCAUUUAAGGGAAAUAGCUCUUCACAUAAAAUUGACUGCAAAACAACUCAAGUGGAGCUAAUGUGCAGGCAACCAGCUCAUAAUGGAGUUAUAUUUUCUAUCGACUAUAACGAUGAGUUUGAUUUAUUAACAACUACAUCCGAUGAUAGGUCCAUACGUUUCUGGAAGGUAGAAAGAAAAACGAAUCAUAGUUGGAGCGAGCUAAAAUUAAACGUAUUGGCUAGUGGGUAUGGUCAUAUCGCUCGUGUAUUCAAAGGAAAAAUUAUAAACUGUGAUGGUACGGCGUUUGCAGUAACAGUAUCAGAAGACUCUCAUACUUGUAUUUGGUCGAGUAGUGCUGAAUUAUUGUUAAAAAAACGUAUCCAAUUUGGAGCUGUAAUAUGGAAUUUCGAAUAUGAUAGCGAAACCAACACACUAUACUCUGUCGGGUCCACGGGCAACCUGUUGGCUCUCAAUAUAGAAAAUAUUAUAAAAAGCAACACAAACACGACUUCUUCAAUGGUUGCAAUGAGUAACUUGGAACCAAAAGAAUAUGUGGCUAAAGCAAAAUUUAUUGACCAUAGUAUUAUAGUGGGUAUAACCAAUAAAAAUCGGCUUAUAUAUUCUUUCCUUCAUAACAACGAACCUAAAUUUACACAAAAAGUUGGGUCAUGGCAAAUCAUAGACCAGCAUAAAGCAUUUAAAUGCACCGUAUUUGAAGUACAAGAUAAAAUUGUAGCUAUCUGCGGCUACAAACGACUUACAUUGCUUAAGUACAACUCCACAGGCGUGUUCAAAAAGUUAUUCGAUGAUAAUAUUACGGAUGGAGUGAUACGUUCAUUCCAUUUUUUAGAUAAUAACGAUUUUUUGAUUUCCGAUGAAGACGGGAAGUGUUUACUUAUUGAAGGUGAAGACCUUAAAGCUCGCUUUUACAUAUCGCUACCUCAUUGCAAGGAACCAUGGACUACAUCAGCGCUCCGAAUAAAAAGCAAAAAUUCGAAAGAAUAUCUUUUAAUAAGUAAUCGUAUGGGAAAUAUUAUAUUGUUUCGUUUAAAUUGUGUAAGCGGUGAGUGCAACUACCUCCACACUAUACGACAACUACAUGGCGCAUUGGGUGCCACAUUUUUUCGCCUUCAAGAAUUACAGAACGAUAACAUUUUUGUACAGAGUGCAGGUCAUGACGGGUCACUGCGGCUGUUAUGCAUAAAUGUCGAUUCGGAUACGAUUUCCGCAUACCAACGGACACCUGUACCUGUAACUUGGGUGGAGCACUUAAUUGUUUUUGAAAAUUAUGAGUUUCUUUUAGGAUUUAAUGACAAUCAUUUCGUGGUAUGGUCUCAAGAACAUGACUUUUCCGUACAAAUACCAUGUGGUGGUGGUCAUCGAUGUUGGCAUUACAGUAUAAUAUCUGAUGAUAAUAAUACAAAAUGGUUGCAAUUAUUAUUUAUAAAAAAUAAACAGCUAAGAGUUUAUAAGCAAAAGCUCUUCAAUUUAACCGCUUUAACUACAAAACAAUUGCGAAAUCAGUGGCACACACGCUCGUGUAACAUUAUGUCUGUGGUUGAAAUAAACAACACUGAAACAUCCGCAUCUAUACUUAUAAGUGCUGGAGACGACAAUGUAAUAAAAGUAACCAAGUUAAUGCCACGAAAUCGUUUAUCACAAUGCGCAGAAUUACAUUCACAUAUUUCCAACAUCAGAGCAUUAAAAGUUCUUCAAGUGAAACCCAAUAAAGUUUUAAUAUUUUCAGGUGGCGGUCGAGCUCAGUUGUGUAUAGCUCAACUGAAUCUAAAAAGCUUUCGUAUUCAAGAACUUUUAAGUUACACCCUGAACAAAACCGAACGUAACAAAGACGAACGUUUAAACUCUUACAAGAUAAAUCCAGAAACACGCAUAAUGGCUUGCGAUGUCAUUAAAAGAAACCUUAAUCAUUCACUUGAAGAUGUAGAGUAUCUUGUGUUCCUAUGCUGUUCCGAUGGAUUUUUACGCAAAGUACACUUCACUGGCACUUUCGAAGUUGUUGCCGAAGUGGCAUUCCAUUAUGGCUGUUGCUUGCUCCAAAUACGUACAUUCGGCAACGCCUAUGUAGUAACAGCAGGUACUGAUGGAAAAAUACGUUUCUUCAAUUCAAAUAUGUCGGAGUUGCCCAUUAUUUUGGCACAUCACGGGAGUGGAGUUAAUGCAAUGGAUAUAUUCUAUGAUUCAAAUGAUAACUGUCUACAUAUUAUUACUGGCGGUGAUGACCAAUCAGUUUCUUAUUCAUCUAUACUAGUGCAGGAAAACGGCGUAUUUCAAAUUAAGAGCAAAUUUGAAUUAGAAAAUGUUCACUCGGCCCAAGUGACCGCGGUCCAGUUUAUAUUUUAUCACAAAACUCUUUAUGCAUAUUCAUCUGGCUUAGACCAGAACAUAAAUAAGAUCAACGUACAAAAGCAAACAGCAAGUAUAAUUUGUCAUACAACCAUAUCCGACAUCAAAGGUUUAUGCAUUGGUAGUUCUAAACGCUGUUUUAUUUAUGGUUGCGGCAUCCAAAUCUUCCAGUUGGAAUGAUAACUUUUCCAUUUGUAUUUUAACAUCAUUUUCAUUUUACAUUUCAUGACAUUAUUUUCCAAAUAACAAUUUUUUAAUGUAUGUAUAUUGUAUGAAUGUAAACGGAGUAAAACUCUAGAAAUACAUAUGUAUGUUAGCGAAUUUACAAAAU